GAAGGCAAUCUUGGCUGGCUGGAGAGGGAGGAGGGACACAGCAAGUACUAUGCAGCCCUUCUCUGAGGACAGGCAGCAGGUGGAGAUGCGACACUGGCUGAUGUGAUAGUGAUUACGGUGAGCUCACUGGGCCAUGGCGAGCAGCAGUCGAGAUGUACGGAAUCCCACGGAGGUUCACAUGAGUCAGAUGGUGCUGCCAUGUCAUGCCAACCACCGAGGACAACUCAGUACCGGACAGUUGCUGAAAUGGAUAGACACUGCGGCCUGCCUGUCAGCGGAGAGGCACGCAGGCUGUCCGUGCGUCACUGCCUCUAUGGAUGACAUCUAUUUUGAACAUACCAUCAGCGUAGGGCAAGUUGUCAACUUGAAGACGAAAGUGAACCGUGCUUUUAAUUCCAGUAUGGAGGUUGGAAUCCACGUCACCUCGGAAGAUUUGUGCAGUGGAAAAGAGUGGAAAGUGUGCCAGGCAUUCGCAACAUUCGUAGCCCAAGCACAAGGCAAUAAAAAAGUGAUGUUAAAGCCCCUGACACCGGUCACUGAAGAGGAGCAGCUGGAACAUAGUAUCGCAGCUGAGCGGCGUCGCAUGAGGCUGGUCCAUACUGACAAUAUCAAGGAUCUGCUGACCAGGAGCACCUUACCUGAUGAGCGCAGCCCUGAAGGAGAGCUGAAAGGAGUGGUCCUUGCCCAGAAGACUCGAGUGGAGAGUGUAGAACUCGUUUUGCCUCCUCACGCCAACCAUCAAGGGAAUACAUUUGGUGGACAGAUAAUGGCCUGGAUGGAGAAUAUUGCCACAAUAGCUGCCAGCCGGCUAUGUCAUGCUCACCCAACUUUGAAGGUAAUUGAGAUGUUUCAUUUUCGGGGGCCCUCUCAGGUCGGAGAUCGAUUAAUCCUAAAGGCUAUUGUUAACAACGCCUUUAAAGACAGUAUGGAAGUGGGGGUCUGCGUGGAGGCAUUUUGUCAUGAUGUGGACGUUCCCAGAAGGCAUAUAAACAGCGCAUUCAUGACUUUCGUGGUUCUAGAUGAAAACAAUCGUCCAUGUAUUGUUCCAUGCAUCAAACCGGAACCGGGGGAUGGAGAAAGACGAUAUCGUGAAGCAAUUGCACGCAGGAAAAUAAGACUGGACCGCAAAUAUGUUAUAUCUUGCAAGCAAUCAGAGGUGCCCCUGUCAGUCCCUUGGGAUCCAAGUAAUCAGAUAACUCCUUUAAUGGACUUCUUGUUGCAGGUUUAUCUCAGUUACAACAAUGUUUCUGCAUUGAAGAUGCUAGUGUCCAAAACGGACUGGGUCCUGACGUCAGAAAUUAAUAAGGUUCGGCUAUACACACUGGAGGAUGACAAAUUUCUGUCCUUCAGGGUUGACAUGAGGGUGUCCAUUGGUGCAAGACAAAGCUUCAACCUGCUCUCUGACUUGAGGCGUCGGCAUGAGUGGGACACUAACUUUAAGGAAUGUCGUCUCCUGCAGCAGGUGAAUGAAGAUGACGCUAUUUAUCAUGUAGUCAGCACGGUGUGUGGAGCAGAUGGCAAACUACAAGAUUUCAUCAUCUUGGCCUCUCAGAGGCCACCCUGCGCCACUGGGGACCCUUUUGUUGUAGCUUUUCGAUCUGUUUCUCUCCCAACACAUCCUCCCUGCGAGGAGUACACCCGCGGGGAGACCCUCUGCUCUGGCUUCUGUAUCUGGUCCGAAGGAUCGCGGACAAAGAUUGCCUAUUACAACCAGUUUACUCCAGCACUUGUCUCACGUGUCACAACCAACAUUGCGGGACUGUCAUCCGAUUUCUCCAGCACAUACGAGGCCUGCGGAAAGUUUCUUAUUGAGAAUACAACGGAAAAUGUCGUCGAUGUUAAAACAUCUGAACCUUAGGGGCCUCCGGCUAUUAAUUGUAAGAGAAGAGCAAUAAUAAACGAAAUCUAUAUUUAUAUGUAUUGUACAUAGUGCAGAUAAAGAAAUGGACGCAGAUUGUACAGUGAGCAUGUGCUCCCCAUCUGUCAGACCGCAGUCUCCGUGGUGCCACCAGGGUGCCCGGGUGAUGAGUAGCGUGGUCCAGUGACUGAUGGGAGAGCGCAGUUUGGUCGGGAUUGUGGCAUUCUGCGAUGUAGAAUGUCUAACACUUAGCACAAACACAUUUGUUUUUGCUACGGGGAGUCGUGGGGUUUUGAUAAAGUAACUUUUUUUAACGAGCUGUUUAAUGUACUAGCGAUCUGAAGUGACCAGUCCUGUUAGAGGGCGCAGGGCAUAUUUUCCAUGUAUAAAGGCAAUAAAUGUGUCAUCUAUCUGAAA